AUGUUCUUCUCGUUCGCGCACGUCUUCACCGCGCUGUCCGCGCUCUCCUACGUUGGACUGGCCUCGCCGCACCCGUCCCGGUCUGCUCGCUCGGCAACCGCAUCGGCGGGGACAACUCGACCUCGUCUUCCGGGGACGGCUCCGGUUCCAUCUCCAACUCUACUCCCCUCCAACUCUACCUCCGGCUCUAACGGCACGACGACUUCAUCUUCUGGCCCUCACUGGGUUGUCUACAGUGACUCCUGGGUUUCUGGCGAGAAUGGCCCGCCCGACGCUUCUGUCAUUGGUGGCUACAACGUCUUCAUUUGCCAAGAAUGGGCAUCUCUCGACGAUACCACUCGCUCCACCAUCAAGGCCGCCUACAAGGCCGCAGGCGUCAGCCUGAUGGUCUCCGCUUUCGGUUCGACCGAGACUCCGACCAGCUCUGGCACUGACCCCACGUCCGCCGCCCAACGAUGGCCGCGUGGGUCAGAAGACUUUGACGCGUUCAACGACGGCAGCGCCAUCGAGUGGUUGGAGACUUUCACCACCGCGCUCCGUUCCGCGCUCCCCGCUGGUCAGUACAUCAUCACGCACGCCCGCGGCAGCUACCUCGACAUCGACGCCAAGGUCGGCUCCAUGAUCGACUGGUACAACAUCGCCGCGAACAACAUCGACCUCAACAAGCUCGUCAUCGGCAAGCCCGCUUCUGCUGCCGAUGCGAGCAACGGUUACAUGGACACCGCGACGCUCGCGUCCUGCGUGUUGCAGGCUCAGUCUAAGGGAUGGAAUGCAGGUGUCAUGACGUGGGAGUACCCCACGGCUGACGCCUCAUGGAUCAGCGCCGUCCGCGCGUCCGCCUUCCCCGUGAACUAA